AGCCAGUAUCGGCCUUUGCAUGGGACGCCGCGUGCACUGGAUGCGUAGAGAGUCACCGAGAAUCGCGUGGGACGCAAGCUCGAAAAUGAUUUGCCCACUUUGCGACUCCUCUCCUUCCCAAGAGCCAUGUCGUCCACACUCGCAGGCCCCUUGACAGACCACUGUUUCACUUCGGUCGCACACAGCGGUACACCUAGGGGUAAAAGCAUCACUAUUGCUGGCGUACCCACAUACCUAUCUACUCCGCAAGCUCCCGCCGCGUCCGGAGUGGGAACUGUCAUCCUAUACUUCUCAGAUGUCUUUGGGCCAUUCUAUAUCAACGCUCAAUUGGUUCAAGACUACUACGCUUCUCAGGUCGGGAUAGAUUACUUCUUUGGUGAUCCUGUGCAUCUGCAUCUCAACAAACCUGAUUUUGAUCGCCCGACGUGGAGAACAAAGUCUGUCGAGCAAGCGAGGGCUAGCGUUCCAAAGUGGGUGGAUGGUGUCAAGGAAAUGUUUGGUAUGAUUCUUUUCAGCAUACGUGUCAUGCCGAAAUUAUAUGCAGCGAUAAUAGGAACGAAUGUGAACUACUGUGCCGUCGGUUUCUGUUUUGGCGCGCCCUAUGUCUUUCAAGUUGCGGCUACUGAUAUGCUAUCGUGUGCUGCCGUGGCCCAUCCUACGAGCUUGACCGAGGAGCUUCUAAGAGCCAGCAAAGUGCCCUUGUUGUUCUCUUGCGCAGAAACGGACUCUGCAUUCCCAGCGUCGUUCCGACGACAAGUUGAAGACAUCCUUGUGGAGAAGAAGGCGACAUACUAUUUUCAAAUAUUCAGCGGUGUAUCGCACGGCUUUGGAACAAGGGGAGAUCCAGAAGUCGAGACUGAAAGGUGGGCAAAGGAAGAGUGCCAACGUGCAAUGGUGGGAUGGUUCAAACGCUUUACGAGUGGCAAGUGAUAUAUGUCGUUAUUAAGUGAAAUCGCAAACUGUUUCAGUAAAUCAUACUCACAUUGUAGUCUUGCUCUGGAUGAAUUCAGAUGAGUUUUCAGGGACAGACCUCGUUUGCAUUCUGUGAACUCUCUGAGGUCGGGGCUAGUUAUAAUUAUCCCCCAGGAAGUCGUUUGUUGGCCCAAUACUACUAAUCCACGUCGAACAUACGGACAUCCGGUAUCCCGAGU